AUGUCGACAGCACCCGCACUCUCCCUGCAGAAGACCACUGUUGCCCUGGUGCAGCUCGGGUCCACUUCGUUCGACAAGGCGUUUAACCUGAAACGCGCACGUGAUGCCGUUCUCCGUGCUGCGUCCACUCGACCUGGCGCAUCCUCGUCGGCGUCGUCCGCAUCCAUAUCUGCACCUGUAGGCAUGGUCGUGCUGCCCGAGUGCUUCAACUCCCCCUAUGGCGUCAAGUACUUUGCCGAAUAUGCCGAGUCCUUCGGAGGUGCCUACCAAAAGAUCAAGAAGCCGCUCCCUUCCGCACUGCCACGCAUGGGCAAGGGCAAGGAAGAGAUCCGCUGGACCAUCGACGCAUCCACCGACCCCAGUGCAGAGUCCAAGCUGGCUCGCGAAAAAGGAAUCGGCAAACCUGUCGACAUCGACGAACAUCUCCAAAAGCUCUCGCCCAGUCUCAAGAUGCUCUCGGAAACAGCUCGCGAGGCUAACGUCGUGCUCGUCGGUGGAAGCGUGCCCGAACGCGACGACCUCACCGGCAACAUUUACAACUCUUCGUGCGUCUUCAACGAGCAAGGUCAGCUCAUCAGCAUCCAUCGCAAACUCCAUCUCUUCGACAUUGACAUUCCCGGGAAGAUGACGUUCCAAGAAAGUGAGACGCUGUCGGGCGGCGAUCGCGUCACUCUGUUCGACUGCAGUCUCGGCCGUUUCGGUUUGGGUAUUUGCUACGACUUGCGCUUCCCAGAACCCGCUAUGAUUGCGGGCCGUCUCGGUGCGGGAUGCAUCAUCUACCCCGGUGCGUUCAACACCACCACCGGCCCUGUCAGCUGGGAGCUCCUCCUUCGUGCGCGCGCCACAGACAACCAGGUGUAUACCUUGGGUUGCAGUCCCGCUCGCCCCAGUCAGCAGGCCAUGGAUGGUGUGUUGACAGAUAAGGAUGGAUGGCGAGAGGGCGAGAAGGCGUACCCCGCUUGGGGUCACAGCAGCAUCAUGGGACCGUUGGGAGAUGUAAAAGCUAAGCUGGCUGAACAAGAGGACACGCUGUUCUUCACUCUGGAUCCUGAAGAGGUGCAGCAGACCAGGAGGAACAUCCCCAUCAGCACGCAGCGCAAGUUCGACGUCUAUCCCGACGUCACAUGCGGUUGA